GCGGGGCGCUGGGAGACAGCCGGCGCGGUGGGCCGGGCCGAGCCUGUGACGCCACUUCCGGGGCGGGGACGCCGGACGGAGGCCGCCUCCGGGAGUCACCGCCGCCGCGAUGGCGAUUUUCAGUGUGUAUGUGGUGAACAAAGCUGGAGGCCUGAUUUACCAGCUGGACAGCUACGCGCCGCGGGCGGAGGCCGAGAAGACCUUCAGCUACCCGCUGGACCUGCUGCUCAAGCUGCACGACGACCGUGUGCUGGUCGCCUUCGGCCAGCGCGACGGCAUCCGGGUGGGCCACGCGGUGCUGGCCAUCAAUGGCAUGGACGUGAACGGCAAGCACACGGCCGAUGGGAAAGAGGUGCUGGAGUAUCUGGGGAACCCCGCUAACUACCCGGUGUCCAUUCGGUUCGGCCGGCCCCGCCUCACCUCCAAUGAGAAGCUCAUGCUGGCCUCCAUGUUCCACUCGCUCUUUGCCAUUGGUUCCCAGCUGUCUCCUGAACAGGGAAGCUCAGGCAUUGAGAUGCUGGAGACAGACACAUUCAAACUGCACUGCUUCCAGACACUGACAGGAAUCAAGUUUGUGGUGCUGGCAGAUCCUAGACAAGCUGGAAUAGAUUCUCUUCUCCGAAAAAUUUAUGAGAUUUACUCAGACUUUGCCCUGAAGAAUCCAUUCUACUCACUGGAAAUGCCCAUCAGGUGCGAGCUGUUUGAUCAGAACCUGAAGCUAGCUCUGGAGGUGGCAGAGAAGGCUGGAACCUUUGGACCUGGGUCAUAAGCCAAACUGGCAACGGGCUUUCAAAUUCUGCAGUCCUGCAGCAGGGGUUCUGCUGCUUCCGCUCUAGUGGGGAUCCUGUUGCAGCCGCCUCGGAGUCUACUUGAAAAUCGGGGAGUCUUGAGCUCAAAUGUUUGCUCUCUUCCCUUCUGUAUAUAUCAAGGCCCUGCUUCCUGAAUGUACAUUUAUUUAUGGAGGAGGUAGGACCUUCAGUGCUAUAAUAAACAUUCCUUAGUUCCAGUGUU